AUGAUGAGUUUGAAAACAAGCAACAAGAAAAUGAGAAGAGGUUUUAUGUGCCAUUCUCAAUCCUCAACAGCAGUGUGUAUGAACACUCGUGAUCCUCGUUCUGUUGUUGUACCUAAGAGGAUUGAAAAGAGUGUUACUCUUGAAGAUACAAGAAUCAUCAACUUUGCCAAAUAUUCCAAACUUGUUGAAUCUCCUAUCCCCAAUCCUGUUCCAAAGAUCAUGCUUAGAGAGAACUCAGUGAAGAAACAAAAUUAUCAAGCUAUUGAACCAAGAGAACUUCAGAAAACACCAACAGAUAAUGUUUUUCAGGUGGUUGUGAUGAGGGUUGCGAUUCACUGUCAAGGAUGUGCUGGAAAAGUGAAGAAACAUAUCUCUAAGAUGGAAGGAGUUACAUCAUUCAGUAUAGAUGUAGAGUCUAAGAGGGUGACAGUGAUGGGGAACAUUUCUCCGGUGGAAGUUGUUGAUAGCAUUUCAAAGGUGAAAAAGGCUGAGCUUUGGUGUUAA